GCACACAGGGCUCUGUGAGGUACGAGAGAAGGAGGCACGGAAAAAAGAGAGAGAGACGGAGCCCUCGGGAACUAUUCAAUCAGAAAUAAACAAAAACACACUUCUCUUCAUGGACUGUAAAAUUAAAAGAUUAAUUAUCAUUUGCUUGGAUUGGAAGAAUCAACACAUGCGAUUCUGACGGACGACCCGACGGAAUUCACUUUUUUGGGGGGAUUUUGGUAGACACUCCGAAAUAAUAUAUUUUUGAGGUUCAAGCAACAUUUUCGAAAUAUCGCUGAGAAGGAACAACUAUCCCCUAGCCAGCCUUCAAGAUGGAGGAGGAACAGUGCUUCUACAAUGAGUCCAUUGCCUUCUUCUACAACCGCAGUGGAAAGUACCUGGCUACAGAGUGGAAUACAGUCAGCAAGCUGGUGAUGGGGCUGGGUAUCACAGUAUGUAUCUUCAUCAUGCUGGCUAACUUGCUGGUCAUGGUGGCUAUAUACGUCAACCGCCGCUUCCACUUCCCUAUUUACUACCUGAUGGCCAACCUGGCGGCCGCGGACUUCUUUGCCGGCCUGGCGUACUUCUACCUGAUGUUCAACACGGGCCCGAACACGCGGCGCCUCACGGUCUCCACGUGGCUGCUCCGACAGGGUCUCAUCGACACGUCCCUCACGGCGUCCGUGUGUAACCUCCUCGCCAUCGCCAUCGAGCGCCACAUCACCGUUUUCCGCAUGCAGCUGCACACGCGCAUGUCCAACCGGCGUGUGGUGGUGGUGAUUGUCGUCAUCUGGACAUUGUCUAUCGUCAUGGGAGCCAUCCCGUCGGUAGGGUGGAACUGUAUCUGUGACAUCGGCACGUGUUCUAGCAUGGCUCCGCUGUACUGUAACUCCUACCUGGUGUUCUGGGCCGUAUUCAACCUGGUCACCUUCCUGGUCAUGGUGGUGCUGUACGCUCACAUCUUUAUGUACGUGAGACAGAGGACCAUGAGGAUGAGCAGACACAGCUCUGGGCCACGCAGGAACAGAGACACCAUGAUGAGUCUGCUGAAGACUGUCGUCAUCGUAUUGGGUGCGUUCAUCGUGUGCUGGACUCCAGGCCUCGUUCUCCUCCUCCUCGAUGUGUUCUGUGCCAACUGUAACGUCCUGGACUUUGAGAAGUUCUUCCUGCUUCUGGCUGAGUUUAACUCCGCCAUGAACCCCAUCAUCUACAGCUACCGGGACAAGGAGAUGAGCGCCACCUUCAAGCAGAUCCUGUGCUGUCAGCGCCAGGAGAACGUUAACGGGACGGCAGCCGAGGGCUCCGACCGCUCAGCCUCCUCUAUCAAUCACACCGUGCUGAGUGGAGGGAAACAAAACAAUGAUCACUCAGUGGUGUGAGAGGAGGAGAGGAGGACAGGAGAGGGACUGGGGCUGGAGGUGGAGAUAGGAGAGGGGCUGGAGAGGAGAGGGGCUGGAGAGGAGAGGACAGGGGAGGAACUGGGACUGGAAACAGGAGAGGAUAGGGAUUGGGACUGGUGCUGGAGAUGGAGAUGGAGAGGGGGAGAGGAGAGGGAUUUGGGAUGGAGCUGGAGAGGAGAGGGACUGGUGCUGGAGAUGGAGAGGGGGAGAGGAGAGGAGAGGGACUUGGGAUGAGGCUGGAGAGGGGGAGAGGAGAGGGACUUGGGAUGGAGCUGGAGACAGGAGAGGAGAGGGACUGGGGCUGGAGCUGAAGACAGGAGGAGAGGACAGGGAUUGGAGCUGGAGACAGGAGGAGAGGACAGGGAUUGGAGCUGGAGACAGGAGGAGAGGACAGGGAUUGGAGCUGGAGACAGGAGGAGAGGACAGGGAUUGGAGCUGGAGACAGGAGGAGAGGACAGGGAUUGGAGCUGGAGACAGGAGGAGAGGAGAGGGACUGAGGCUGAUCACAGGAGGUGAGGGACUUGGGGCUGGAGCUGGAGCUGGAGACAGGAGGAGAGGGGCUGAAGUUACAGACAAGAGGAGAGGAGAGGGACUGGGGCUGAUCACAGGAGGUGAGGGACUUGGGGCUGGAGCUGGAGACAGGAGGAGAUGAAAGGGACUGGGACUGGAGCUAAGUGGGGCUGCAGCCAGGAGAGGCUGCAGUGUAGAGCCCAUCCCCGAGAUGGGUGGGAGGAGGAGGGCAGGCAGGGGCCAAGGAGGUGGAUGGGAUAUGGACUAUAGGUCUAACAUUACUAUAAAGACCAGGGUGAUGGAUUAUAGAUCUAAUGUUACUAUAAAGACCAGGGUGAUGAACUAUAGGUCUAACAUUACUAUAAAGACCAGGGUGACAAAAUGCAGAAAAAUAAGAAGCUAAUGCCGUCUUGCUCUGAGGGUUGGAAACAGAGGGUAGAGGCAUCGCAAGACUCUGAUAGGCUGUUAGUUAUUUGUUUUCUAUUUUGUAAAAAAUGGUUGUUGUUGUUGAUACCACAUGGACUAUUUAAAGACUAAUCUAUGAAUAUGUAAAGAACUGGCUAAUGUAUAACCACUUCUCCAAUAUAUAACCUGCUCUCUA